UAUGUAUGUGCGAAAGAGGUGUAGAUCCCUUGUGCUGUUAAAGCAUACUCAAUGUUAAGCAAACAUAUGUGCAUAUAUAUUUUUUUCAAUUAUUAUUUUUUGAGUCACAUUGUUUUUCAUUAAAAGUCGAACGCCAGCAAUCGAAGAGCAACCCAACGGUAGACUCAUAUGAUUUGCCCUAGUGAGCGAAGCCGGCGCGACGCGUUGUUUCACAAGAGUUCAGUGCUAUUUUGGACGAUUAAUUGCCUACAUUUACGUUUGUAUAUAUGCGCGAGUGUAUGAAUUUUAUGUAAGUGAACAUUUUUCAUAUCAGCUGAUUGCGAAGUAUUUUUGCGCGUGUCUCCUAGGUGAUUUUGUUUUUGAUUAAUAAGUUGUUGCCUUUAAUUGGCUCCAAUGAACGCGCGAGUGCAUUGGAUUAGUUGGACUCUGUGUUAGUGUAAAUAUUUUUACUUCGCUAAGUGUGGUGAAAAGUGUAAACAACCGUGUGAGCAGAAGUAAUUGAAGUAAUAAAAGCUACUUUUUGUGCUGUGCUAAAUAAAUUUUCUUGCAAAUAAUCGCUCGCACGUGCAGUUGGUGUUUACCACAUUUUGUGCGCCCACAAUUCUUGGCUCAUUGCGACUGCGCCGGUUUCAAUUUUUUUCUAUACUUGGAUACAUAUAAAUCUGUAUUUACAUAUGUACUUGUGUUUGUGUAGUGUUUUGUUUAUGUGACAGCUAAUGCGGCACUCAAAGUUUAGUGAGUAGUGAGUGACAUUGUGUUGACGUGUGACGUGUUGACUCUGGCCAACACACCAGACUACAUUAAGUGAAUUCAUCGUCUCCUCAUUUGCUUUGAUAAUAUUUGGUUUGCUUUGGUUUGUUUUGAUUUGUUGCUGCAUUCCAAUAAAAUAAUUCCAAAAGCUGGUUCGUACUUAAAGCGCACUAAAAAUUCUCCCAUCACAACAUCAACUCUGCGCCAGCAAUGGAAUUAAAAUGCACCGGCGACGAGAUGGCAGCUGCUUUCCCAUUAGGGCAGCACGCAAGCGUUGACCAAGCGCAGCCAGCGUUGCAGCUUGCGCAAUUUAAGAGCACCAAAGAAAAAUUGCAUCAAUUGAAGCAGAUGAUGGAUCAUUUGGAGGAGGGUGUUUGUGAUGAUGAGGGCGCGCAUUUGCUUGGAAGUAAUCAGCAGCCGCAAGUAAAACAACAGGAAGGCAAAGGGCAAAUGAAACAAAAUCAUAAGCUUAAACAUAAUGCGCAACAACAGCAACAAGAAGAAAACUUAAUAGGAAAUUUAGCUGGAGUUGGUGGCAACGAUGGUGUGAAAAGCUUGGCUAUUGGCGGUGAAUACGAAGGAGUUGGUGCGAAACAGGAAGCCACAGAGGGACGCCCGAAACAGGAGUUUCCAACCAAAAUGACACAAUAUGGCAAUACAAUGGCCGUUCAAACGUUGGAUGCACAGCGAGUACCGGACCACAGCCACAAUUACACAGCGGAAGAUAAAAGCGAGCCAACCUCAUUAAAUGCAACAACAAUGGCUAACGCAAAUGUAGAAGGUGCGACAGCAUUCAGCGCUGGAGGUGACGAUGGCGGUGGUGGUGGUGGUGGUGGCGAUGGUGGACUUGAAGGACAGUCGCAUCAUGACUACAAAGGGCCUAGAAUCUGGCGCAUUUUGGUUCAGUACUGGCCCUUCAUCUCCCAGCCGCUGGCUUUGGCAGCGGUCUGCAUUGGUUUGUGGAUUAUCGCUUUUGUGCUGCUGCCUGAUUAUGCACGGCCACAUACAGCAAUUAUGCGCAUAUUCUUUCUAUUUGUGGGUGCACAGUUGAGCGGCGUACUGGUGACCUUCAUUUGCCUGCCGGAUAUGCUGGGUAUGUUGUUCUUCGGUGUCUUGUACACGAAUGUGGGGCUGGCCAAUUUUGCGGGCUAUGAGAAAUUCGAGGCCUUCUUGAGGGAGAUGGCGCUCAUCAAUAUUAUGUUGCUGGCUGGCCUUGGCCUCGAUGCGAAUGCCUUCAAGAAGCUGUGGCUUAUGAUUUUGCGCCUAACGCUGAUACCAACCAUUGCUGAGGUGGCAGUUAUAGCACUUAUUGCAAGAUACACACUGGCUAUGCCUUGGUUUUGGGGCAUUUUAUUGGGACUUGUCGUCACCGCCGUCUCUCCGAAUGUCGUCGUCACUGUAAUGCUGAAGUUGAAGGAGGAGCGGCUGGGCCUGAAUAGCGGCAUACACACAUUAAUAUAUGCCAUGACCAGCUGCAAUGACGUCGUCGCCAUUUUUCUCUUUGGCGUCAUUAUGAGCGUCAUCUUUUCCACGGAUAAGUCGUUGACGCAGCAAAUACUGCAGGGACCCAUCGGCAUCGGCAUUGGGAUUGUAUUUGGCUAUGUGUAUGGACUGAUGCUGACCAUUUUGCCAUCCACAAAGACGCUCUACCUCAAUGGCUUGCGCUUUGUUUUGACCAUCUUGGGCGGCACCAUAUCGGUGAUGGGCAGUCGUGCCAUUGGUUAUCCCUCAGCUGGCGCACUUGGCUGCAUGACAAUCGCAUUUUUUGCCGGCAUCGGUUGGAAGCGCCAGCAACGGCAACUCACUGCCCAGCAACGUCAAAGUCAGUUGGAUAAUGAAAUCUCAUCGGUACCCGCGCGUCUUGACCUUUUGUGGAAAUUCCUGAAGCCUGUCUCAUUCUCGCUCAUCGGCAAAGAAAUUAAUUUCGCUGUGUUGGAUGGCCGAGUCGUCGGCUACGGUGCACUGCUGGUGCUGCUCGGAAGUUUGUUCCGUUUGGCAUUCGCCUACCUGUCUACCUAUGGCGGCAAUCUGACGCAGAAAGAGCGCGCCUACAUUACAAUUUCCGGUUUUCCCAAGGCAACUGUCCAAGCUGCGCUCGGUCCACUCGCACUCGACAUGGCCAGAUCAUUAAGCGUCGCCGAUGAACAAAGCAUUGCCUUGGCCAACAAUGUGCUUAUCAUUUCAGUUUUGGCCAUCAUCUUCACCGCACCGCUGGGAGCAGUGCUCAUGUUGAGAUUAGCGCCAAUCUGGCUACAACGCAGCGAUGCCAACGAUGGGAACAAUGCGGAUGAUGAUGUUUACAAAAGCAACAACAGCAACAACGGCGACGGUAGCAAUGGUGAUUUGAAGAAUGCUUCGAAGAAAAGCCCACAAAGUCUUAGCCACAUAAGCAGUAAUAUUCAAAACAACAGCAGCAGCAGAAGCCUCAAUGCGAUAGCAGCAGCCGAUGCGAGUAAUGUUGGCGGUGCGGAUGUUAGUAUCCAUGUUGAUACGACUCCGCCAUUGCCACAGGCGAGGGAGGACACUAAGCAAUCCCAUAAUUUGGUUUGACUCCAAUUAACAAUGCGAAUAAAUUGGUGGCUGACACAGCUUGAAGCACCAAUGGUCAGUGGAAAUAUUAUUUGCUUUGUUGGCGUGGGAGCGUAUUUUUAGACUUGGUUAUAGGGAUGUAGUGGGCAUAAGAUAUGUUCACGAUGUAUAGUGAAAAGCGCUUUAGCACAAUACUUAUUUUGGUUUUGAUUCUUAGUUUAGUUUUUAAUUUCAUUUUUAG